AUGGCAACCACCAUCGGCUUACGCGAUCCAUUAUGGCGGGACCCCGGGCUUGACCUUGUAAAAUUUUUAUCUACCGGCGGGACCCGGCAACCGGCGUCGAACGUUCAUUUUCGCCGGGCCGCACAAGUGCUGUUUUCGAAAACGACGACGGCCGAUCGACGCAAUAUACGCGUUUGUUACUUAGGAACAUUUAAGUUGCCGCCAAAAAUAUUUGCUCACCUGUGCGUCGUAAACGUGUCCGUCCGUAGUGAACCGGUACGCUAUCUCGGCCGCCGUGAUGAUUCUCUAUCAGUUCCCUCUGCCGCCGUGGUAAUGUCAAGUGUUGGCGGCGGUGUGGGGGUUACUAGUGACGGGGUAGUACGCCGGUAA